GGAGGGCUCAUCUCUGAUUGGACGAGGGAAUUUUGCAGGUUUGAUUCCUUGAUUGGACAGGAGGUGUCGGGGGUGGGGAGAGCGCGGAUGGUUGGGGGAGUGGGAUCCCUCUCUCUUGCUCUCCCCCCUCCCUCAGUCUCAGUGGCUGAGUCCGUUCUCUCCCUACUCUUUACUGUAGCUCGAAAUGUGACACUAAAAUACAGACUCAUUCUCUCUCGCUCGCUCUCUCUCUCGCUCUCUCGCUCUCUCUCACACACACACACGCACGCACGCACACACCCACCCAGCCACACACACACAUAAACACAUGCACACACACACCCACCCGCGCCUGGACUCUCCUCCACACGCGCACACACACACACACAUACACAUACACAUUCAUACACACCCAAGCGCCCACACGGAAUACGGGGACCGCUGUCCGGAGCGGAGUGCUAACGGAUACAAAAACAAAAGCAACAAGACAGAAUAAAUAGUGCCAACCCGGGAAGUAGUUAUUUCAACCACUCUUGCUCCUGAACCAGUUUUGGGGGGACACCUACGAUGGCACUGGAUUCUUUAAUGCUCUUCCUCUUGGCAUCUGCAGUUGCAGCAAUGGAAGAAACCUUAAUGGACACCCGGACAGCUACUGCUGAGUUGGGCUGGACUGCAAAUCCUGCAUCAGGGUGGGAAGAGGUCAGUGGCUAUGAUGAAAACCUGAACACCAUCCGUACCUACCAGGUAUGCAACGUCUUUGAGCCCAACCAGAACAACUGGCUGCUUACCACUUUCAUCCAUCGGCGAGGGGCCCACCGUAUCUACACAGAGAUGCGCUUCACUGUGAGGGAUUGCAGCAGUCUCCCAAAUGUUCCUGGUUCUUGCAAAGAGACCUUUAACCUCUACUACUAUGAGACAGACUCAGUCAUUGCCACCAAGAAGUCUGCCUUCUGGACAGAGGCUCCCUACCUCAAAGUGGACACUAUUGCUGCUGACGAGAGCUUCUCCCAGGUAGACUUUGGGGGAAGGUUGAUGAAGGUUAACACAGAAGUGAGAAGCUUUGGGCCCCUCACUCGGAAUGGCUUUUACCUGGCUUUUCAGGAUUAUGGGGCGUGCAUGUCUCUCCUCUCUGUCAGAGUCUUUUUCAAGAAGUGCCCCAGCAUUGUACAGAAUUUUGCAAUUUUCCCAGAGACUAUGACUGGGGCUGAAAGCACAUCUCUGGUGAUUGCUCGGGGAACGUGCAUCCCCAAUGCGGAGGAGGUGGAUGUCCCUAUUAAACUGUAUUGCAACGGGGAUGGAGAGUGGAUGGUACCAAUUGGGCGAUGCACCUGUAAAGCUGGCUAUGAACCUGAAAACAAUGUAGUCUGCAAGGCCUGCCCAGCAGGAAUGUUCAAGGCGAAUCAGGAAGUGGGGGUCUGUUCUCAGUGCCCAUCGAAUAGCCGUUCUCCUUCAGAGGCCUCUCCCAUCUGCACCUGCCGCACAGGCUAUUAUCGGGCAGACUUUGAUCCACCGGAGGUGGCAUGUACCAGUGUUCCUUCAGGUCCCCGAAAUGUCAUCUCCAUCGUCAAUGAGACAUCCAUCAUUCUGGAAUGGCACCCACCACGAGAAACAGGAGGGCGUGAUGAUGUGACGUACAAUAUUGUCUGUAAAAAAUGCCGGGCAGAUCGCCGGAGUUGUUCCCGUUGUGAUGACAAUGUGGAGUUUGUGCCCAGGCAGCUGGGUCUGACUGAGAGCCGAGUUUUCAUCAGCAGCCUUUGGGCCCAUACUCCCUAUACCUUUGAUAUCCAGGCAAUCAAUGGAGUAUCUGGCAAGAGCCCUUUCCCCCCACAGCAUGUCUCAGUCAACAUCACAACAAACCAAGCUGCUCCCUCCACAGUUCCCAUCAUGCACCAGGUAAGUGCCACCAUGAGGAGCAUCACCUUGUCAUGGCCACAGCCGGAGCAGCCCAAUGGCAUUAUCCUGGACUAUGAGAUCCGUUAUUAUGAGAAGGUGAGCCGGAUCUGCACUCCUGACAUUAGCAGCACUGUGGGCUCAAGACCAGCCACCGAACAAAAUGAGUACAACUCUUCGAUGGCAAAAAGUCAGACCAACACGGCUCGGAUAGACGGACUUCGACCUGGCAUGGUUUAUGUGGUUCAAGUGAGAGCUCGAACAGUGGCUGGUUAUGGCAAAUACAGUGGGAAAAUGUGCUUCCAGACACUGACAGAUGACGAUUACAAGUCAGAACUGAGGGAACAGCUGCCACUGAUCGCUGGUUCUGCAGCCGCCGGUGUGGUGUUCAUCGUAUCACUGGUGGCCAUUUCCAUUGUCUGUAGCAGGAAACGUGCUUACAGCAAAGAGGCCGUGUACAGUGAUAAGCUGCAGCAUUACAGCACGGGGCGAGGCUCCCCAGGAAUGAAGAUCUACAUUGAUCCCUUCACUUAUGAAGAUCCCAAUGAAGCUGUCCGGGAAUUUGCCAAGGAGAUUGAUGUAUCUUUUGUGAAAAUUGAAGAGGUCAUUGGAGCAGGAGAAUUUGGAGAAGUGUACAAAGGACGUCUAAAAUUGCCAGGCAAGAGGGAGAUCUAUGUGGCCAUAAAGACACUGAAGGCAGGAUACUCAGAAAAACAGCGCCGGGACUUCCUGAGUGAGGCCAGCAUCAUGGGUCAGUUUGACCAUCCAAAUAUAAUCCGGCUGGAAGGAGUGGUGACCAAGAGCCGUCCUGUCAUGAUCAUCACAGAAUUUAUGGAAAAUGGAGCUUUGGACUCCUUCCUCAGGCAAAAUGAUGGGCAGUUCACGGUGAUCCAACUGGUGGGGAUGCUCAGGGGUAUCGCUGCUGGUAUGAAGUAUCUAUCGGAGAUGAAUUACGUACACCGGGACCUGGCUGCCAGAAACAUUCUUGUCAAUAGUAAUCUAGUGUGCAAAGUAUCUGACUUUGGCCUAUCCCGCUACCUACAAGAUGACACCUCGGACCCCACCUACACCAGCUCUUUGGGUGGAAAGAUCCCAGUGAGAUGGACAGCCCCGGAGGCUAUUGCCUACCGCAAGUUUACCUCUGCCAGUGAUGUCUGGAGUUAUGGUAUCGUCAUGUGGGAAGUCAUGUCAUUUGGAGAGAGGCCCUACUGGGAUAUGUCCAACCAAGAUGUCAUCAAUGCCAUUGAACAGGACUACCGACUUCCCCCACCCAUGGACUGCCCUGCUGCUCUGCACCAGCUCAUGUUAGAUUGUUGGCAGAAGGACCGCAAUACUCGACCACGCUUUACAGAGAUUGUCAACACUCUGGAUAAAAUGAUCCGGAACCCAGCAAGUCUCAAAACUGUGGCAACCAUCACCGCUGUGCCUUCUCAGCCCCUGUUAGAUCGUUCCAUCCCCGAUUUCACUGCCUUUACCUCAGUGGAUGAUUGGCUCAAUGCUAUUAAAAUGGUCCAGUACAGGGACAGUUUCCUAACUGCUGGGUUCACCUCUCUUCAGCUGGUUACUCAGAUGACAUCAGAAGACCUUCUGAGAAUAGGAGUGACUUUGGCAGGACAUCAGAAGAAGAUCUUGAACAGUGUUCAUUCCAUGAGGGUACAGAUGAGUCAAUCUCCAACCUCAAUGACCCCUGUCCCUUCUCCCACAUCCAUUUCCCUUUGCUCAUGACCUGUGUGGGGAAGGUUCUUCAAACAAAUUGUCCAGCGCCUGAAUCUCAAGAUGUCUUUCUGUCAGUUACCAAAGGACUUUGCUGACCACUGCAUGGGGGAUCCAAACCAAGUCAAUUAAUGUCUUCAUAUUGAAGAAGAGAUGUACCUUCAAUUGAAAACCUUGUUUUUCUUUUGUUUGCAUUUUUUGCAAAAAGGAAAAAGAAACCACAAAUUGGAAAAAAAAAAGAAAACCUGUUUCCGUGCGUGUGAGCACGAGUGCGUGUGUGUGUCUGCAUUGUAAAAUGACUGUGGAUUCAUAGCUUGUUCGUAACAGACACAAACAAGGGACAAGAACUGUGACAGCAUCAGCAUCGUCACUCCCCAGGAAGUUGGGAAGGAUCAUAGGUGGUUGACUUGGCUUUCUAAGUUUGGCCCAACUGGACCACUGGUUUCAUUGGGAUUGGGGAUGGGGAGAAAAAAGGAAAUCAAACUCACAGUAGCUUGCAAGCUCAGAGACAGGAAGCAGAGGAGAGCUUUGAAAUGGAUCUUAUUUGGGCCAUGCUAGAAUAGUAUUGACUGUUGGAUUACUGGCAACUGGAAAGGAUGAGAAAAAAAAGAGUAUGUGGAGAAUGUUCUCCAACAUUCCAGUAACAUAUAGGUAGGUGGCAAAGAAGGAGUCUUCUUUUCUAACAUGUGGACCUACGGGUUUUGGUCUUAAAUACUGGCUUAGGUUGUAUGGCUUCAGAGGUAUGUUCAUAUGUUUCUGUGUUUCUCUUUACACUAUUCUCUAUUGUACCUCAUUGCUCAAUUCACUUUUGUAAAUUCCACUUAACAUUUAAAUAUUUUUAAUUUUUGCCUUUUACCUUAAUCUCCUUGCUAAUUUUAUCUGUCUAAUUAAAAUGAGCAGAAGCAUGUCUGGGUUUACAUAGAAUGGUGUCAGAGUGUAUGUCCCUGUGCCAAUGGGUUUCACCUGAGUAACCAUGAAAACCUUUAAAAAACACCUUCCCCAUUAAAGUGCUCUCUAUCUGGGAUAGAGAGAAUGUUUACUUGACCUGUCACUUUCAAGUUGGAAUAUAUUGUAUGAAACAUUCCAACUAACAUGGCCAAGAAAAGAAAUUGAGAAGCCACAUUACCGAAACUAAACCAAAACCCUAGCCCAGCUUUGGUAUAUAUACACUCAUUGUUCUCUUCAGUGUAUACAUUCCAUUUUCAAAAGAAACAAUUUGGGUACCUUUGUAAAACCCCAAAUCAUUUAACAUACCUCUAGAGAACAUUUUCUAGUUGUGGAUAUUAUGAUGGUGCUCACAUGCAUGUGUUGGUGUAUAAUUAAAAGGAAUUAUGGGAUUGCCACAUUUCUUGUGUAAUAAACAAUUAUGACUAGAACAGUACUAUCUUUAGUGCCAGAAACCCUCAUUAUUGGGGGAAAUUCCUAGUCCUCAAAGAUCAAAAGACUCAUCAAAAUAUGCACAUAAAACAGAGACUUAAUCUCUUA